AUGGGAAGAGAUUUUUACGCGAUUCUCGGCGUUCCUCGAGAUGCUGAUCAAUCAUCCAUCAAGAAAGCGUAUAGACAACAGGCAAUGAGAUGGCAUCCAGAUAAAAAUCCAGAUAAUCAAGAAGAAGCGCAAAAAAUGUUUCAUGAUAUCUCCGAUGCAUACCAGACAUUAAGCGAUCCAGAGAAAAGACGAUUGUACGAUCAGUUUGGUGAAGAAGCUGCAUCAAAUCAAGGUAGUUCCGGCGGAUUUUCACAUUUUGUUGAUCCGAAUGACCUCUUUAGAGCUUUCUUUGGCGGUAAUUUCAUGGGAGAUAACGGGCCAGGUGGUGGCUUCGGAUCAUUCCCUCAAUUCGGAUUCACAGGAUUCAAUUUCCCCUUCGGUCAAGAUUUUGAUGAUGAGCAGGACUUCGGAUUCAGAAGAUUUGAUCGUAGACCUACAGGACCAAGAUCUCCACCGCCAAUUGAGCUUUCAGUUUCUUGCACUCUCGAACAACUAUUUACAGGCUGCGAAAAGAAAUUACUUGUUACGAGAACCGUCAAAGGUGCUCAAGAGCAGAAAGAAAUCGUAGUAAAGAUACCACCAGGAUCAAAAGAAGGAACAAAAAUUGUAUCUACAGGCACAGGCGAUCAAAACAGUAAUGGACCUGCAGGAGAUGUAAUAUUCACUAUUAAGGAGCGAUCAAAUCCGAUUUACAAACGACAAGGCGAUGAUUUAGUUACGACUGAAAAGAUCUCACUUAAAUCUGCACUUUCAGGCUUUGUUAUUACCCGAAAAGAUCUUGAUGGAACAGAUAUCAACUUCCCUGUUAAUAAAAUUGUUAGACCUGGCGAUUCUUUCUCAAUUUCGGAUCAUGGAUGGAUCAAAUCAAAUGGAAAGCGUGGUGAUUUAGUAGUUAAGUUAGAAAUUGAUUUUCCAGAGGAAUUGCCUGAUGAAGUCAAAGAAAUUAUUAAAGAAUUAUUCCCAGACUAA